AUUUUCCUUCCCCUUUUCCGGUGCGCAUGCGAGGGUAUGAUUCCAGCGCGAUUUGCGGUCGCAACAACCACCCCUGUAAAAUGCAUCUUAAAAUUGCGUCUACCCUCUGCACCGCGAUUCCGAUUGCGCAAUUGACAAUGUAGAAUUAAUAAUUAUUAUUUUGUUAAAUCUAACUCUUCAACUAGGUUUUUGUAACGGUAAUUCAAAAUACUUACAUGUGCUUCCAGAUAAUUUCGGAAUAGGGAGAAACGUGAAUUCAUUACUUCAAAGAUAGACUGAAUAACUUUAGAGGAGCUUGUUUAGGUAAUUGCUAACAUCUUUGCUUCAGAUACUUAAACCGCGUGUGACAAUGGAGAAAAUGCCUGUACUUGGUUCCAAUGCAUCGUCUUCAUCAUCAUCACCUUCUACUGCAAUCGGAUCUAGGUUCUCCACUUUGAACAAGUCCUUCAAGUUUGCUCUCCGUUCUUUGCUUACUUCAUGUUCAAAGGAGGAAUUUUUUAAAGCAUUUUCAAGUUUUACCAACACUGAAAAAGAUUUUCUCCAUCGCCUAUUUCUUCAGGUCAUUACUUCUUUGCAUGAAGACAUAGAGGAAGACUUUGACGCAAUCUGUCUCAAUACACAGGUGGGAGCCACUCUUGAUGCUGUAGAGGAAAUUGUGGAAGAACAAGAUCUGGAUCUUUUGUUUUCAAAUAGGAGUAACAUAGUGGAUGUUGCUGAGAAUCUGUCUAUGGCAAAGAAGAACGAAAUCCAACACUUAAUGCAUAUGGUGCAAUUGGGAGAGGAACAUAAUCAAAGGCUCCGCAAUCAACUGCAACUCCUUAAAGAAGGCAGUCAAGUCUUGUCUGGUGGUUCACAUGUUGUGGAGAAGCAGGUCAGAAGCAUGAAUUUAAAUUAUGGGGCCAACAGUAGUGAUGAGAUGCAUGAUGUAUAACAUUUCCACCACACCAUCCUGUAAAUUGACCAAGUUCCAUCCGCUGAGGGAUCAUCCCUUUAAUGUUGUUACAAUGUUUCUGAAGAUUUAAAUAUUUACCAGGCAAUUUUAGCAAAGAUUUGUCUUUGUAUAGGAUCAAUAUUAAGCCUUCAACUCUUGCUGUAAUUUAAAUAUUAAGGUUCUGUUAAGAGAAAAAAAUGUUUGUUAUCCUCAAAUUAUGGUUGUGUAUUGCCUUUUCGGGCAAAAAACAAAAACAGUUUGUGAUUCAGCAUCA